UGUAAUUUUGAUGUACUUCUUGCUGUAUUCUCCUCUAUCCCGCCAUUACAUAAUUCACACAAACACACCAGAAGUCCACACUUUGCGCCGGCGCGCCCUGCGUCCUCCUACGUCUCUGCGUUUCAUGCUCUUGAGAGUACACAUACUCCAUUCCCUCCGAUGCCCAUCUCCUACUACCUCCGAUCUCUCUUCGCUUCUCAAAAACCCUAACAAAACCCCACUCUCUCUUAUAUCCACUUCUUCGCAGCGACAUACAAUGGCGUCCGGCCGUACGGUCACCGAUGUCCUCAUGGGCGCCUCCCGCGCCGCAGCAGCUAAGAAGAACCGCCAUUCUUCAUCAUCCGAGUCCCAGAACCCUUCUUCAACUCCCAAAAAACCCAGAACAGUUGAACCCUCAACUGUCUCGGACGAACCAAAGAAGUUGGAAGCCACCGAUUUUCUCCUCGAACUCAGGAAAAAGGGCGCCGAUUUUGACCCCAAAGCUGCCGCAUCAUGGAAAGACGGCGACCCGGUGCCGUUCAACUUCCUCGCUCGCGCACUAGAUCUUAUCUCGAACGAGUCGGGUAGGAUCGCGAUCACGGACAUCAUCUGCAACGUCUUCCGCACUGUUAUGGCCACCACUCCUGAUGACCUUCUCCCCACGGUUUAUCUGUCGGCUAAUAGGAUUGCUCCCCCGCAUGAGGGCAUCGAGCUGGGAAUAGGAGAUGCUUCACUUGUUAAGGCGCUCGCUGAAGCUUAUGGGAGGAAGGAAGAGCAUGUCAAUAAGCAGCUACAGGAAUUAGGUGACUUGGGCCUUGUUGCUAAAGCUAGUAGAUCAUCACAGAGAGUUUUAUAUAAGCCUCAGCGUUUGACUGUCGUCAAAGUUUUUGACACUUUUCGUGCCAUUGCAAAGGAGUCUGGAAAAGACAGUCAAGACAAGAAAAGAAAUUACAUUAAAGGUCUUCUUGUUGCUGCUACUGAUUGUGAGCCAUUAUACAUAAUUCGCCUUCUUCAGUCCAAAAUGAGAAUAGGUUUGGCAGAGAAAACAGUGCUUGUGGCUCUUGGGCAAGCAUCUCUGUAUUCAGAAGGACUUCAGGGUGCACCUGUGAAAAAUUUGUCUCAGUCAUUGGAAGAGGCCGCCAAAAUCAUGAAACAAGUAUAUUCUGUUCUUCCGGACUAUGGUAAAAUUGUUCCUGCUCUUCUUCAUGCUGGGAUACUGAAACUUUCAGAGGCAUGCGAUUUCUCUUUGGGUGUGCCAGUGGGGCCUAUGUUGGCUAAACCUACAAAAUCAGUCUCUGAGAUUCUAGAUAAGUUUCAAGGAACCGAAUUUACAUGUGAAUAUAAGUAUGAUGGUGAGCGUGCUCAGAUACAUUACAUGGAAGAUGGCACCAUAGAGAUAUACAGCCGUAAUGCUGAACGAAAUACUGGAAAGUACCCUGAUGUGGUCAGUUCUGUGUCAAGAUUUAAGAAGCCUGAAGUAAACUCCUUUGUGUUGGAUUGUGAAAUUGUUGCUUUUGAUGGUGAGAAGCAGAAGAUCUUACCUUUCCAGGUUUUGAGCACUCGUGCUCGCAAAGGUGUGAUCUUAAGUGACAUAAAAGUAGCUGUAUGCACAUUUGCUUUUGAUAUUCUCUACAUUAAUGGAAGGCCUCUCCUCCAUGAACAACUCAAAGUUCGCAAGGAGGAACUUUACAAAUGUUUUGUGGAGAUACCCGGAGAAUUUAGUUUUGCUACUGCAAUAACAUCUAAUGAUCUUGAAGAAAUACAGAAGUUUUUAGAAAAUGCUGUCAGCUCCAGUUGUGAAGGGUUGAUUAUCAAAACUUUGGACAAGGAUGCUACAUAUGCGCCUUCAAAACGAUCAAACAACUGGUUAAAAUUGAAAAAGGAUUAUAUGGACAGUGUAGGAGACACUUUAGAUCUGGUGCCCAUUGCAGCCUUCCAUGGCCGCGGAAAACGCACAGGUGUUUAUGGUUCUUUUCUUCUUGCUUGCUAUGAUGAACAAAAUGAUGAAUAUCAAAGCAUAUGUAACAUUGGUACUGGAUUUUCUGAAUUGCAGCUUGAAGAGAGGUCCAAAAGUCUUGGAAGUAAAGUUAUUUCAAAACCAAAACCAUACUACAGAGUAGCUGAUUCAAUGAAUCCUGAUGUCUGGUUCGAACCUGCAGAGGUUUGGGAAGUAAAGGCAGCGGAUUUGAGCAUUAGUCCUGUUCAUCGUGCCGCUUUUGGCAUUGUGGAUCCAAAUAAGGGUAUUUCUCUGCGAUUUCCUCGUCUACAACAUGUCCGAGAUGACAAAAACCCAGAACAAGCCACAACAUCUGAGCAGGUUGCUGAGAUGUAUCGUGCACAAAAGAUCAAUCAUAUGAAAAAUCAGGAGGAAGAGGAUGACGAAUGACAUGGUUUUCUACUUGCAAUCAAGUCUAUCAUUUCUUUUGAAGUUGGCAGUGUAGUUUUCCAGCUCUCUGAGGUGUAAUUUUGAUGUAUUUAUCAUGAUACUUUGGGGCAGUUUUUAAAACACCUGUGGACAGAAAAAAAAAAAAUGGCCUAUACCAUGUCAAAAUUAACUCUGCAGUGUUGUGAUUCAGAAAUAUUUAAGGUGAAUUUUCUUUUUCUUUUAUAUUUAUUAAAUGUUUGAUGUCACCAAGACAUUCAGCUGCUGAGGUAUUAGCCUUUGAAAGCUUUGUUGUAUUGUUAGUUGAAGGCAGCUCGGGUCUUUUUUUUUUUUUCUCCAAUUAUUUUUAAUUUAUAAAUGCUGUCAUAUUUCCUGUCUAGUAUUUAUUCCAAACAUAAUGUUAAAUUGU